UUCCCAGCACCACUUCGCUUCCUCAGAUGGCUCCAAGCGCUACUGGAGUGGUGAAGAGGCACAGGCCACAUGAGAAAUUCGAUAAGAAACGGGACUCGAAGAAGCACAAACAUGUUCAAAAGGCUCUUGUUUCCAAUCCUUCAAUAGAGAAUCCAGAUUCACCUGAAGAAGACUCUAUAGAGACUGAAUCGGAAGCAAUGGUUUACAGAGAGCCGACACAGUACCAAAAUUUGCUGGCGUCUCUUGGUUCAUCCAACAAGGUCGUUGCUGAUAUGAACAAAAGAAGGCAGAGACAGGAGGAAGGUAAAAGCGACACAGAAGAAGAUGAGGACGAUGAAGAUGAGGAUGAGGAGGAAAACAGUGGGUCUGAGGAUUUAAGCUCUAUUGAUGGGGAGGAUGAUAUGAUUCAAGGGGAGGAUCAGGAAACUCUCGGAGGUCUUACGGAGGACACGCAGGAAAACAAUGAUAAUCAGAGUGAGGAAGAAGAUCCUGACGACUAUGAAACGGAUGAGGAUCAUGAGUUGAGUACCAAUGGCCAGUCCUAUGCUUCUUCAUCUAUUAGUGCAUUUAGUGAGCACCUUAACCACAAAUUAUCCAGUGAAGAAGUGGAAACUUUACCAAAAGGCAAGUGGAAGUUUAAAUGGGAAUCACCUGCCUUUGACAUGCCAAAUUGCAGAUGGAAAGGAACGCGUGAAAAUUUUCUUGAUGGUAUUCAGAGUGAUGCAACUUACGGCCUCAAGCCUAAGUUAUAUAAUCACUGGCUUCAACUAUACAAAAAAUCUGGAGGCAAAGAGUUUGACUCAUCUAAAAGAAGAAAAUUCUUCUCCAUUUGCAACAGCUAUCUGGAUAUAUUGCAUUCUAACAAGAAACCCUUUUACAGUAGUGGCUCUGACGAAGACUCAAGUGCCAUGGAUGCGUACCUUAUGCAUUCUUUGAAUCACAUCUUCAAAACUAGAGAUCUUGUGAAGAAGAAUGAAAGUAAAAUUGCCAAGCAUCGAGAGACCUCUGAAGAGGAAAUUCUCUCUGAUGAUGGAUUUCUGGACCAAGGAUUUACUCGUCCAAAGGUACUGAUUCUAUUACCAUUGAGGAGCAUUGCCUUUCGCGUUGUUAAGAGGCUCAUACAUCUAACUCCGGAAUCUCAAAGGGUUAAUGUAGAACACCUUGACCGGUUUAAUGAUGAGUUUGGAUGUGAAGAGGGUACUGAUGACGGUGAUGGGGAAAAGAAUACAUCAAAAAAUGGAAACGCAAUCACACAAAAGUCUUCAAAACCUUCUGAUUGGCAAGCCCUUUUUGGUGCGAGUAACAACGAUGAUGAGUUUAUGUUGGGCAUUAAGCAUACAAGGAAGAGCAUUAGGCUGUAUGGUGAUUUUUAUUCCUCAGACAUUAUAAUUGCUUCCCCUCUCAAGUUACAUAUGGCCAUUGGUCAAGCAGAAGAAAACAAGGAACGGGAUGUUGAUUAUCUUUCCUCCAUAGAGGUUUUGGUUAUCGAUCAUGCAGACAUAAUAUCUAUGCAGAAUUGGUCAUUCCUUGCUACAGUCGUUGACUACUUAAAUAGAUUGCCAUCAAAACAACAUGGAACCAAUGUCAUGCGAAUUCGGCCGUUGUAUCUGGAUGGACAUGCAAGGUUUUAUCGCCAGUCAAUAAUUCUAAGUUCUUAUCUAACCCCAGAGAUGAAUUCUCUAUUCAAUCGCCAGUGCUUGAACUAUAAAGGAAAGAUGAAGCUGGCGUGUGAAUACAAGGGUGUUCUUGAGAAAGUGUUGCUCCCUGUCCGUCAGAUUUAUGAAAGAUUUGAUGCAGACUCCAUAACCCAUGUGGACGAUGCACGUCUUGAAUAUUUUACCAAAAAGAUUUUCCCAAAGAUUAGAGAUUCUGUUCAGGGAGGAGUACUGAUCUUUAUCCAUUCUUACUUCGAGUUCGUCAGGCUUAGAAACUUUUUGAAUACGCAGAAUACCUCUUUCUGUCUUCUUGGAGAUUAUGCAAAAAAUGCUGAUAUAUCCCGAGCAAGAGAACGGUUUUUUGUAGGGAGCCGAAAGAUCAUGCUUUACACUGAGAGAGCAUACUUUUAUAAGAGAUACAAGAUCCGUGGUAUAAAGAACUUAAUCUUCUAUUCUCUUCCGGAGCGGAAGGAGUUUUACCCUGAGAUAAUGAACAUGCUUGAAGAAGGAUCACAUGAGAUGAUGUCCACUGCACUUUUUUCUCGUUUUGAUAUGCUCCAGCUGGAAAGGAUCGUUGGCUCUGCUUCCGCAAAGAGAAUGAUCACUUCUGAGAAGAACAUGUUUGCUUUCUGUUAAGAAACUAAAUAGUUGGUUGCUAU